AUGCUGUUUCUGCCAGUGUUCGCCCCUCAGCCGGUGGACCACCACAACAUACACCAACAAUUCGAGAUCUGCCGGAUGAGCCGAGGUAGCUUCGUCGCCAAGUCAGUUGCACCGGAUGGUGUCCCUCCAGGAUUCUUAAAAAGAGAAGGCUGGCAAGCGUGCACCUCCAGUCCACGAAAUUUCACCUUAGGCGAAGCACCGGGACUCAACGCCAUCCUCCGAGCCCGGCUACCGCAAUUCGAUUUCCCGUCGUCGUGCAAGAACUCGCAACCCGUUGUCGUCGGAAAGUGGUACUGUCCCUUCAUUUCCAUCAAAGAUGGAACACCAAAAGACCAAAUAACUAAAUCAAUGUAUUACAAAAUGACACUAGAGCAAAGAUGGGAACAAGUCUUUGCAUGCAACAUUGACCGCAACAAAGACAAUGCGGUCAAAGUCGGCGUGAGAGUCGAGAGGGAAGUGAUUAGGGUUAAUGGGAUGUAA